AUGGCGCAAAAUCAACAAAUGAUGACAACCAUGGUGCAAAAUCAGCAAAGGACGGACUCCGAAAUGCAGGAUAUAAGGAAUCAGAUAAGUCAAAUGGCCACAACAAUCAACCGUUUGGAUUCCCAGAACCAAGGGAAGCUGCCAUCUCAACCUGAGUUGAACCCGAAGAAUGUGAGCGCCAUGACCCUGAGGAGCGGGAAGGAAAUUCAGGGGCCUGAACCUGUGAUCCCUAAGGAUAAGGAUGAGGAAAAGAUCGAAAAUGAGUUUGAAAGGGAGGACAGCAAUGGUGCAGACCCAAAGGUACUUCCUGACCCAGUAAUUACAGCUAAAACUAACCCGCCUCCUUUUCCUAACAGGUUGGAAAAAUCGAAGAAGCAGGAUAAGAAAAAGGAGAUUUUGGAGGUUUUUCGUAAAAUUGAGAUAAAUAUCCCCCUGUUAGACGCGAUCAAACAAGUACCAAAAUAUGCCAAAUUCCUAAGGGACUUGUGUGUUAACCGAAUGAGGUUGAGGGGAGAUGAGAGGGUCAUUGUUGGGGAGAAUGUGUCAGCGGUCCUGCAGAGAAAGCUUCCACCCAAGUGCGGGGACCCAGCUGAUUUUUAUGUACUUGAUAUGGAUGAUGAUCACUCCCCCGAUCCCUCACCUUUGUUGUUAGGUAGACCCUUUAUGAGCACAGCACAAACAAAAAUUGAUGAAGUAUUUGAAACUGUUGGCAGGGAUGAGUUGGAGGUAGUUCUGACCAAGCACCUCGAGUUGGAGACAACUCCUGAGGUGGAGUGGAGUAAAGAUCUAAAGUGCACAAUAGGUGCAUUACACUCAUUGCAGACCACCACGAAAAGGUAUGAAAUCUUACCUAUUUUUACUCCCGAACCUCACCAGAGGGUAUUGCCAUCUGUGGUGCAGGCACCUGUACUGGAGUUGAAACCUCUACCAGAGCACCUGAAAUAUGCAUAUCUGGGUGAUAAUGAGACACUCCCGGUGAUUAUCUCAUCUGCACUGUCAAAAACCCAGGAGGAGAAACUGAUCCGGAUCCUUAGAGAGCAUAAAGAGGCGAUAGGUUGGACAAUUGCGGACAUUAAGGGGAUCAGCCCGGCCAUCUGUAUGCACCGGAUUAGACUAGAUGAGGAUGCCAAACCUGUACGACAGGCUCAAAGGAGGCUUAACCCCCUCAUGAUGGAGGUGGUGAAGAAGGAAAUUUUGAAAUUGUUAGAUGUGGGGAUUAUUUUUACAAUAUCAGAUAGCUCUUGGGUGAGCCCGGUCCAGGUAGUCCCAAAGAAGGCAGGAGUGACGGUAGAGGCCAACCAAACGGGUGAACUCGUGCCAGUGCGAAAACCCACUGGAUGGAGGCAGUGUAUUGACUAUCGCAGGCUGAACGCCGUUACCAAAAAGGACCAUUUCCCUCUUCCUUUCAUUGACCAAAUGGUUGAACGUUUAGCUUGUUUUUACCGGAGGUUCAUCAAGGAUUUUUCAAAAAUUGGAGCCCCGUUGUUCCAACUCCUACAAAAGGAGAUGACCUUCGAAUUCGAUGCCAAAUGUGAUAAAGCCUUCGACAAGUUGAAAGAGUUGUUGACCUCACCCCCAAUCAUCCAGCCCCCUGACUGGAGUCUACCAUUUGAGAUCAUGUGCGAUGCCAGUGAUCAUGCUGUAGGGGCUGUGUUGGGGCAAAGAAUGGGAAAGGCAGCCCACGUCAUCUAUUAUGCGUCCCGAGCACUGAAUGGAGCUCAACUGAAUUACUCCACUACUGAGAAGGAGCUGCUUGCAGUUAUUUUUGCUCUAGAAAAAUUUAGGUCAUAUCUGUUAGGUGCUAAAGUGAUUGUAUUUUCUGAUCAUGCAGCAUUAAGGUACCUGAUGACCAAAAAAGAUGCAAAGCCAAGGCUCAUCAGGUGGAUAUUGCUACUACAGGAAUUUGACCUGGAAAUAAGGGAUAAAAGGGGCUCAGAGAAUUUAGUAGCUGACCAUCUGAGUCGUAUACCCGUUGGAGAGGAUAAGGAACCAUUGAGGGAUGCAUUCCCUGAAGAGCAUUUAUUUUCUUUAAAUUCUCAAUUGCCUUGGUAUGCUGAUUUAGUCAAUUAUUUGGUAACUGGUAAUUUUCCUGCAGGUUGGCCAAAGUCGAAAAUGGAUAAAUUGAAGAGCGACGCCAAGUACUUCAUCUGGGAUGACCCGUACCUAUGGAAAAGGUGUGCAGACCAAGUGAUGCGGAGAUGUGUAAGUGAAAUGGAAUUUCAAUCGAUUUUAGCUUUUUGUCAUACUUUUGCCUGUGGAGGUCAUUUUGGACCCAAGAGAACUGCUCAUAAGGUUUUAGAAAGUGGAUUUUAUUGGCUUUCAUUGUUUAAGGAUGCCUAUGUGUUUUUUGACUAUGUGUCUAAAUGGGUGGAGGCUAAGGCCACUCGGACUAAUGAUUCGAGAGUAGUAGCAGAUUUUAUCAGGGCUAAUAUUUUUGUACGAUUUGGAAUGCCAAGAGCUAUUGUCAGUGAUAGGGGAACGCACUUCUGCAACAAAACCAUUGCUGCGUUGUUUCGCAAGUAUGGUGUACUCCACAGGGUCUCAACGUCGUACCACCCUCAGACCAAUGGUCAAGCGGAGGUAUCGAACCGGGAAAUCAAAUCCAUCUUGGAGAAAAUGGUGCGCCCCGAUAGGAAAGAUUGGAGUCAACAGUUGGAGGACGCACUCUGGGCCUAUCGGACGGCGUACAAGACUCCUAUAGGGAUGUCACCGUACAGAUUGGUAUUUGGGAAGCCGUGUCACCUUCCAGUGGAGUUCGAGCACAAGGCUUUUUGGGCGAUAAAGCAAUGUAACAUGAAUCUAGAGGAGGCCGGUGCCCAACGGAAGUUGGAUUUGCAAGAGUUGGAGGAGAUUCGGAACGAAGCCUACGAAAAUGCAUUAAUUUAUAAGGAGAUAAGCCGGACAUUUCAUGACCAACAAAUUUCAAGAAAAACAUUUGAAGUUGGUCAGAAGGUCCUCCUAUACCAAUCAAGGCUCAAGUUAUUCCCAGUUGAAAUCCGCAGUGCUAAGACAGACAACAAGUUUGUGGUGAAUGGACACCGUCUCAAACACUAUUACGAAAGUUUUUUAGAUGGAGAAGUGGAGACAAUACAUCUAGACGCACCACCGUGUCUUGAUCAGUGCCCUUCAGUCAUAACGUGCCCGCGUGGUGAUGUGCAGGAAGCUCACGAUCAGAAAAUUCAGAAACUUCUAGGAGCUCUCUCGCCCUCAUGA